UAAUGGAAAAUGCUAGUAAUUUCAUUCGAAUGAAUAGAGAUUUAAGAUUCAAUGGUUUGCAAUAGACAGUUAAAGGAAAUAUUAAAGUAAAAGAUGUGAAAUUUUUAUUGGCUCAAAAGGCUGAUACAUUUCCUUAAUUAUUGGUGGCAUUUACGAAAUUUGGAAUAUUGGAAGAUGAAACUGAAUUAUUUAAAAUAUAUGAUAACAUAUAUGUAUAUUCAAUAGGGUAUUUAAUUGAAAAGUAAAUUUACAAUAUUCAAUAUCAUUCAUAGAUUAAAAAAUGAUGUUUAUAAUAAGAAAUCUAAUCCUAAUAAUAAUUCAAUAUAAUUGAGCACAAUUAUUAGGUCUUUUAAGGAUAGAAAGUCAUUUAAUGAAAUUGAUCACACAUUUGAUUAAAGAUAAUACAAUAGCGUAGAUACAAAUUAUUGUUAGAAAAAAUAUAAAAAUGGGAUUGAUUACGUUCAAGAAUAAAUAAAGAAAUCAAUGCAAAAAGAUCAAAAUUAGACAAAAGAAUGUAAUAAUAAUAGUAAUACUCAUUAUUAUUGCUAAAUUCAGAAAACUGAAGAAUCAAUAGUAUAUAAUAUGUUCUAAUGUUUAGAAACCUUAUGAAGAAAUAAGAAACUCAAAAAGUUCCAUAUCCCAUUAAUAAUAAUAAGGCUCAAGGAUUUACUAUAAUUUAAACUCACCUGCUAAAGAAUUAUAGAAAUAAAUUCAAAAAUAUUAGGAUAUAAUUGAAUAAAAAGAGUACUAAAUUAAACAAUUAGAAUAAAUAAAUUAAUCUUCUACACUAAAAAUGUAGAUACAGUGCUAGUAAAUUGAAAAUCAAGAUAAGUAUAUCAUAAGAUUAAAAUAAUAAGAACUUAAAUAUGUUAAAUUAUUAGUAAAUAUUUUAUUUAUAAUAGGGAACAAUCUCAGAGUAUUUAUAGAAAAUUAUUGGUUAAAUUUAAUAAAAAUUAGAGAGGUAAUAAUGAUUCAAUUAUCAUAGAAAAUAAAAAUAAUAAUUAGAAAAAGAGAAAAGCUCCACUGAUUUUUUAACAAGAUAGAUUUAAUCAGCUAGAGCAGACUAUAAGAUAAAGAUAAAAUAAUAAUAACUUUUUAUUUCUAAUUCAAAAUUAGACUAAAUAUUUAGUGCAAAAUUGAUAGAUUUGUAAAAUUAAUUAACGGAAACAAUAUUGUUAAAUUAAUCCAUUGAUGAUUUGGUAUAAGCUGCAGAAUUUUUAGAGUUGGAUAGUAGUUUCAGAUUUGAUUUUGAAUGA